UCGGACUGGGCGGGUUUGCUGUUUUUGCACCUUCGCCGCAUCAGUAGGCGAUCGAGUGCAGAGCUAUCAGGAUGAUACCGACGCCGAAGCAUCGAAGUGCAAACCUCCCUGCCGACGAUGUCAACGAUGACACGUCGGCAAAGCCGAUGGCUGAGCCGGAAAACCUGGUGCGACGAAAGGGCAUCAAGGAUUCGAUCGUGGGAAGAUGGCUGGAUAAGCACGUCGACAAAAUGGGCAAGUACUGGUCUUACCUGCCGAAUUUCGCUGGAUCGGUCACUGCUACGUUAGCUAUUUUUCUACUAGGAGCCUGCUUUCGAGGCGAGUGGAUGCUGAUCUUCGUGCACUUUGCCAAGCGCUUCGGCUCCAUCGAGGAAGAAGAUGGAGCAACAACUACGGUCCAGACUGUCACGGACGAUGCUAACGAGUCACACUCGUCCAGUCGCUGGCCCUGGGAGUAUCUGCUCUCGGAUGACGUGCCGCCAUACGUCAGGCACUUUUUUGUUACCUGGAGUGUCGCAAUGGUCACGGCCUACACCAUCUACUUCAGCGUCUAUGGUGCUCUACACUGGUACUACUGCGUUCGACGACACGACAAGGCCGAAAAGUGGAAAUGCCAGCCGUACAAGUGGCUUUCCACAGCUUUGGAAAGACACGAAAUAAUGCUAGGAGUAUUCAGUCUGUUCUGAACGAAUACGCUAACGGCUGCAUUUGUUACUUACCUUAUAAACGGCGGACCAUUGAUGAUAUACUACGACUUUGACGAGUAUACCUGGCUCUGGUGGUUCCUUCAGUGGCCAGUCAUCUAUGUAGUACUGUUCCAUACUGUACUAUCAUGAUCUAUAAUUUCUACCACGGAAUAAUUGAUCACUCAGGAAUAAACUUCAAAGCUCAAUGGUGGCAACCGUGGCAGCCUGAUGCAUCUUUCCACGAUAAUCAUCACCAGUAUACUCAUGUUAAUUUUGGAUUCAACAUGUUCUUUUGAGACAAGUUCCACGGUACAUAUAGAUUGAAGGACCGCAUCUACAAUGAAAAAACAUUCUUCGGAAGGGGAAAGAAACUAUCAGAGGCGACAAAAGAAGAGUUGUUGUCUGGCCUUCAAGAACGUGAUUCGGAAAAUGUUGAUAACAAAGUUGUCUAUACAUUAGACGAAAGGGAACUUAAACAUACAAAAAUUACUUAGAAUAUAUUUUUUAAAUUAACGAAAAAGUUAAACAAAUAAUAGUAUAAUGUAUAAAUUUCGUAGAAUAAUUAGUAAAACUAU